AUGCCUGAACAUGAUUCGAACGGGUUUUCCUCGUUACAAAAAGUCGAACGUGACCUGCUUACGCGAACAAGUUGGACUGAUGCUUGUACCGCCUACAGAGAAAUACAAAAUGGCAGAGCCGAAGGAAACCUAGCAUCGCUAUGGGUAAGGCAACACCUUCAAGAUAUCCUUUUUCGCCUAGGAUGUACGAUUCAAAAGCAUCCUGGCAAAAUUCUUUUUGUUGGACUGCUCACCUUGACAGUUCUUAGCGUCGGAUUGAAAUCCGUUGGGCUCGAGUAUGAGUUGGACAAGGUUUGGACUGAGGAGGGUGGGCGUAUUCAACGAGAGCUGAAGCAGCUGCAAGACCAACUCGAAUUUUCGGCCUCAGGAAACGAACAAGUUAUUAUACAGACGGCAAGUUCAGGUGGGAACCUGCUUCAUCACGAAGGGCUUCUCGCACACGUCGAGUUGUUACGGCAAGCUCUUCAGGUUGAAGUGGAGCUUUUCGAUUACAAAUGGGGCCUCGCAGAUAUUUGCGUAAAGCCCACUGCACCAAGUUUUGGGCCGAGUUUCGUCGAUAAACUAUUUGAAAAUAUAAUGCCUUGCGAAAUUGUGACUCCACUUAGCUGCUUCUGGGAAGGCUCGAAACUGACGAACCCAUGGUACUCGAUGAAUUCGGACACUCUCGGAAUCGAGAAUCUUAGCUGGCUUAACCUCAACCCAGUUAAUCUAUCAAAAAUCAUGAAAAAGAGCAUGAACGCUCCUGACUUCCCAUUUGAACGUAUGGAUAAUUUUAUGUCCCGGGCAGGCAUCACCACAGCAUACCAAGAAAAACCGUGCCUUAAUCCUUAUGAUGAUUUGUGUCCCGAUACCACCCCGAAUAAGAAAUCUCGUAGCCUACCAGAUAUUGGUGCGACUCUAACAGGAGGCUGUUAUGGUUUCGCAAGUAAGUAUAUUCACUGGCCGGAAGCCUUAACCAUUGGUGGCAUUCAAAGAGAUCGCUCAGGAGUAGUGGUCAGUGCUGCGGCAUUGCGAACCAUCGUGCAGAUCAUGGAUAACAAGGAAAUGUUUGAAUUUCAUCGGGACACACAUUAUUCGCACGAUAUUGGCUGGAGCAUUGAAAGUGCGGGCAAAGUCAUCGAAGCUUGGCAAAACCAGUUUAACAGUGAAAUGAAACGUCUGUCAAACCUCUUACCCGAAGCUCAAACAUACCGUUUCACUACGUUCACAUUCAACGCCCUCACAAAUGCCCUACACAGAUUUACCAUACCAGACGUUUAUCAUUUAGUCACAGGAAGUGUCGUCAUUCUUGCGCACGAGUGCGCCGCAGUGGUUUUCGUGAAACAGUCAGGAGGUUGGUGGCGUCUCUAUGUCGGUCUUUUCGGUGUUGUUCUCCAUGGGUUCAGCAUCUCGGCAGGACUCGGCCUGUGUGGUGUGCUGCAAUUGGCCUUCAACGCGACAACGACGCGGGUUUUGCCAUUUUUAGCGCUCAGCUUCGGGGGCAACAGUAUGUUUUUAUUAGUGCACACGCUGAAUAGGAUCAUAACCAGCGGCGCGGUUCCCGUUGACCGGCAGAUAGGCGAGUGUAUGAAGCGUACGGGCAUGGUAAUCGUCAUUUCGAAUGCGUCGGUUAUUCUGGCCUUCGCUGCUGCGUCCGUCAUACCGAUCUCAGCUUUGCGGCAUUUUUCGUGGCAAGGUGCCAUCGUUCAUGCAUGUUCAGCGACCUCAAUUUUCUUUCUCUUUCCAGCGGCGUGUAGUAUUGAACUCUACAGGAAGAGAUCGCCGGUCCAUCACGAACGGACUGCUCAUUCAGCCCGACGACCAAGACCCGAAAGCAGUGCAGGUACAGCAGUUCCGGCUUAUGAAACGCCGCAAGUGAGCGAUCAUUCUCGAUUUGAUAGCGUCCAAAUACCGCGACACGAAAUUGAACAAGUAAGGCGGGAGGAGUCUCCUUGUAUUGUGAAAAGUAGAUGCUGUAGAUGGUCGCUGACUCAAUUCGUUAUAAAGGGCUACAACUUUUUGAUCUUUCGUCCCGUAAUGCGAAGUCUGCUAAUUUUAUCGCUUGUUGGUCUGCUAAUGUUCGGAUGCUGGGGAGUUUUUUAUAUAGAGAAUGGUAUCAAACUUACCGAUGUCAUCCCCGCUCAUACUGAAGAAUACGAGUACCUUCGCUAUCACGAACGAUAUUUUGGAACCUACCGCAUUUUCGCAAUCACUCAAGCCGACUUUGAUUACCCGUCCAAUCAAAGUCUUCUGUACGAAUAUUAUAACGCGCUGAAGAAGGUUAAGCAGAUCGUUAAAAACGAACAUGGUGAUUUGCCGGGAUUUUGGCUUACCUAUUUCAGAAAGUGGCUUAUCGAACUGCAGGAGUUAUUUGACAAGGAAUGGAAAAGUGGACACAUAACAGCAGAGGGUUGGACUGCUAACGCAUCACAAGAUGGCAUCCUAGCUUAUAAACUGCUUGUACAAACGGGCCUUGCUGACACACCAGUGGAUAAACAGCUUCUCCCUCGUAAUAGACUUGUCGACUCUCAAGGGGUUAUUAACCCCAAACCGUUCUACAACUACCUCACUGCAUGGUAUAACCAUGACGCGCUCGGCUACACAUUAUCCCGUGGCUCACUUGUGCCUCAGCCGAGAUACUGGCGCGACACAAGAACCACCACAAAAGACACCAAGGAUCUCACAAUUGCCAAGUCGUCUGCUAUUGAAUUCGCUCAGAUGCCAUUUUACUUACACGAUCUCUGUUCAACUUCGACGAUUACGGCUGCAGUCGCAAGAGUUCGAUCGAUCUCUGAUAAGUUUCAGGAACGAGGCUUGCCCAAUUUCCCCUCGGGCCUGCCGUUUAUUUACUGGGAGCAGUAUCUACAUUUGCGCUUCUAUUUAGCGUCCGCAGUUGCGUUUAUCUUUGUGGCGAUCUCCGUCGUCUUGGUGACGGUAUUACUUAAUGUCUGGACGACACUUCUUAUCGUCCUCUUGCUGGGUGUUAGUCUUGUUCAAGUGUUUGGUGCAAUGCAUGCCCUGGGUAUAGCAUUGAACGCAGUUCCUGCAGUGCUAGCCGUCGUUAGUACCGGUCUAGGAAUGGAGUCAAUGCUUUGCCUGUGCGUCGGGUUCCUAACAGCGCUCGGCUCUACGAAAAAACACCGAACAACCAUGGCACUAGAAUACAUGAUUACUCCUUUAACAUGUUCAACGAUAAACAAGCUUAUCAGCGUGAUACUGCUGGCGUUUUCUGAAUUCGAUUUUGUCUCUACAUACUUUUCGUGCCUGCUGUCCGCUAUAGUCGCUAUCUAUGCGUAUAACAGUUUUGUCGUGCUGCCCGUUCUCCUGAGCGUGAUUGGCCCUUCAUGCGAAUUGGUCCCGCACAACAACCCGAACCAAAUCGAUACUCCCAGUAUGCAAUCAUCGCCAGAGCUCGAGCUCCGAGCUUCCUCUCCGGCAACGCAUUCCUUUCAACAUCAUUCAAUCCUCGGUAGUAAUUAUCAGAUUCAUCCGGACAGGGGGUCCUCAGAAGUAUGUCAACUUCCAUACCCUCGACACUCAUUAUCGACGAUAUCCGAAGAAAGAACCUCGUGCAGGACGACAUCUCCAGGCUCGGCGCUGACGCCAACAGGAGUUGUUAUUUUGCCAGAAAUCACUGUUGAAACAACUAUUGUUAGGAGCUCAUUACUAGGACAAGUAACUACGAGUUCGUCGGAAUCGACGGAUGGGGAGACCCAAAGCACCUCAGGGGCGUUCAGAGUACCACUUAAUAAAGGCGACACUACAAAAGUGAAAACGAGGGCAAAAAUGAAACUCAAACUCCCUGCGAUGCAAUAGCACAACUGAAUUCUAGGCAAAUACUUAAUAUCGGAGCGAGGU